AAGAUGGUUUAUUCUUGAAUUGGAGCUUUUUAAGACUGACAAAUGCUGGUACUUCAUCUUCUAUAAGUGGACUAUAAUUUCUUUUCUCAAGACAACUACAUAAGCAGACAAAAUUGCAAAGAUCUGCCCUGUGUCGAGUAUGACAGCCACGACUCGUGGCUCUCCAGUAGGAGGGAAUGACAGCCAGGGCCAGGCUCCUGAUGGACAGUCUCAGCCCCCCCUCCAACAGAAUCAGACUUCAUCGCCUGAUUCUUCCAAUGAAAAUUCCCCGGCAACUCCCCCAGAUGAACAAGGUCAAGGUGAUGCUCCACCACAGCUUGAAGAUGAGGAACCUGCAUUUCCACAUACUGACCUGGCAAAGUUGGAUGACAUGAUCAAUAGGCCUCGAUGGGUGGUUCCAGUUUUGCCGAAAGGGGAAUUAGAAGUGCUUUUAGAAGCUGCUAUUGAUCUUAGUAAAAAAGGCCUUGAUGUUAAAAGUGAAGCAUGUCAACGAUUUUUCAGAGAUGGGCUAACAAUAUCAUUCACUAAAAUCCUUACAGAUGAGGCAGUGAGUGGCUGGAAGUUUGAAAUUCAUAGGUGUAUUAUCAACAAUACGCAUCGCCUGGUGGAGCUAUGUGUGGCCAAGUUAUCCCAAGACUGGUUUCCACUUCUAGAACUUCUCUCCAUGGCCUUAAAUCCUCAUUGCAAAUUCCAUAUCUACAAUGGUACACGUCCGUGUGAAUCCGUUUCUUCAAGUGUUCAGUUGCCUGAAGAUGAACUCUUCGCUCGUUCUCCAGACCCUCGAUCACCAAAAGGUUGGCUGGUGGAUCUUCUCAACAAAUUCGGCACUUUAAAUGGGUUCCAGAUUUUGCAUGAUCGUUUUAUUAAUGGAUCAGCAUUAAAUGUUCAAAUAAUUGCAGCCCUUAUUAAACCAUUUGGGCAAUGCUAUGAGUUUCUCACUCUUCAUACAGUGAAAAAGUACUUUCUUCCAGUAAUAGAAAUGGUCCCACAUUUUUUAGAAAACUUAACUGAUGAAGAACUGAAAAAAGAAGCAAAAAAUGAAGCCAAAAAUGACGCUCUUUCCAUGAUUAUUAAAUCUUUGAAGAAUUUAGCUUCAAGAGUCCCAGGACAAGAAGAAACUGUAAAAAAUUUAGAAAUAUUUAGGUUAAAAAUGAUACUUAGAUUACUGCAAAUUUCUUCUUUCAACGGAAAGAUGAACGCACUGAAUGAAGUUAAUAAGGUGAUAUCUAGUGUAUCCUACUAUACUCAUCGACAUGGUAACCCUGAGGAGGAAGAAUGGCUCACAGCUGAACGAAUGGCAGAAUGGAUACAGCAGAACAAUAUCUUAUCUAUAGUAUUGCGAGACAGUCUGCAUCAACCACAGUAUGUAGAAAAGCUAGAGAAGAUUCUUCGUUUUGUCAUCAAAGAAAAAGCUCUGACUUUACAAGAUCUUGAUAAUAUCUGGGCAGCACAGGCGGGGAAGCAUGAAGCCAUUGUGAAGAAUGUACAUGAUCUACUGGCAAAGUUGGCAUGGGAUUUUUCUCCUGAACAACUUGAUCAUCUUUUUGAUUGCUUUAAGGCCAGUUGGACAAAUGCAAGUAAAAAGCAACGUGAAAAGCUACUUGAGCUGAUACGUCGCCUUGCAGAAGAUGAUAAAGAUGGUGUGAUGGCACAUAAGGUGUUGAACCUUCUGUGGAAUCUGGCCCAUAGUGAUGAUGUACCUGUAGACAUCAUGGACCUGGCUCUCAGUGCCCACAUCAAAAUAUUAGACUAUAGUUGCUCACAGGACCGUGACACACAGAAGAUCCAGUGGAUAGAUCGCUUUAUAGAAGAACUUCGUACGAAUGACAAAUGGGUAAUUCCUGCACUGAAACAAAUUAGAGAAAUUUGUAGUUUGUUUGGUGAAGCCCCUCAAAACUUGAGUUCUUCUCGUUUCAGUCAAACUCAGCGAAGUCCCCAUGUAUUUUAUCGCCAUGACUUAAUCAAUCAACUUCAGCACAAUCAUGCCCUAGUUACUUUGGUAGCAGAAAACCUUGCGACUUAUAUGGAAAGCAUGAGACUGUAUGCUAGAGAUCAUGAAGACUAUGACCCACAAACUGUGAGGCUGGGAAGUAGAUAUAGUCAUGUUCAAGAAGUCCAAGAACGGCUUAACUUCCUUAGAUUUUUAUUGAAGGAUGGCCAACUAUGGCUAUGUGCUCCUCAGGCAAAACAAAUAUGGAAGUGCUUAGCAGAGAAUGCAGUUUACCUUUGUGAUCGUGAAGCCUGUUUUAAGUGGUAUUCCAAGUUGAUGGGAGAUGAACCAGACUUGGAUCCUGAUAUUAAUAAAGACUUCUUUGAAAGUAACGUGCUUCAGCUUGAUCCUUCCCUGUUAACUGAAAACGGAAUGAAAUGUUUUGAGCGAUUCUUCAAAGCUGUGAAUUGUCGAGAAGGAAAACUAGUAGCAAAAAGGAGGGCAUAUAUGAUGGAUGAUUUGGAGUUAAUAGGAUUAGACUACCUUUGGAGGGUGGUGAUUCAAAGUAAUGAUGAUAUUGCCAGCAGAGCUAUAGAUCUACUUAAAGAGAUAUAUACAAACCUUGGUCCAAGGCUGCAGGUCAAUCAGGUGGUGAUCCAUGAAGACUUCAUUCAGUCUUGCUUUGAUCGUUUGAAAGCCUCUUAUGACACGUUGUGUGUUUUGGAUGGUGACAAAGACAGUAUUAAUUGUGCAAGGCAAGAAGCUGUUCGAAUGGUUCGAGUGUUAACUGUGUUAAGGGAAUAUAUAAAUGAAUGUGACAGUGAUUAUCACGAGGAAAGAACAAUUCUACCUAUGUCAAGAGCUUUCCGUGGUAAACACCUCUCUUUUAUAGUUCGAUUUCCAAACCAGGGCAGACAAGUUGAUGACUUGGAUGUAUGGUCUCAUACAAAUGAUACGAUCGGUUCAGUACGACGAUACAUUCUCAAUCGUAUUAAAGCCAAUGUUGCCCAUACAAAAAUUGAGCUCUUUGUGGGUGGUGAACUGAUAGAUCCUGCAGAUGACAGAAAGUUAAUUGGACAAUUAAACUUAAAAGAUAAAUCACUAAUUACAGCCAAACUUACACAAAUAAGUUCCAAUAUGCCUUCAAGCCCUGAUAGCUCUUCUGAUUCCUCAACUGGUUCUCCUGGAAACCAUGGGAAUCAUUACAGUGAUGGUCCCAAUCCAGAAGUGGAAAGCUGUUUGCCUGGGGUGAUUAUGUCACUACAUCCCAGAUACAUCUCUUUCCUUUGGCAAGUUGCAGACUUAGGUAGCAGCCUAAAUAUGCCGCCUCUUAGAGAUGGAGCAAGAGUACUUAUGAAACUUAUGCCUCCAGAUAGCACAACAAUAGAAAAAUUAAGAGCUAUUUGUUUAGACCAUGCCAAACUUGGAGAAAGCAGCCUUAGUCCAUCUCUUGACUCGCUUUUCUUUGGUCCUUCAGCCUCACAAGUGCUAUACCUAACAGAGGUAGUCUAUGCCUUGUUAAUGCCUGCUGGUGCACCUCUGGCUGAUGAUUCCUCUGAUUUUCAGUUUCACUUCUUAAAAAGUGGUGGCCUACCCCUUGUCCUGAGCAUGCUAACCAGAAAUAACUUCCUACCAAAUGCAGAUAUGGAAACUCGAAGGGGUGCUUACCUCAAUGCUCUUAAAAUAGCCAAACUGUUGCUAACUGCCAUUGGCUAUGGCCACGUUCGAGCUGUGGCAGAAGCUUGUCAGCCAGGUGUAGAAGGCGUGAAUCCCAUGACAUCGGUCAACCAAGUUACUCAUGAUCAAGCUGUGGUGCUACAAAGUGCCCUUCAGAGCAUUCCUAAUCCAUCAUCUGAAUGCAUGCUUAGAAAUGUGUCAAUUCGUCUUGCUCAGCAAAUAUCUGAUGAGGCUUCAAGAUAUAUGCCUGAUAUUUGUGUAAUUAGAGCUAUUCAGAAAAUUAUCUGGGCAUCAGGGUGUGGGGCCCUACAGCUAGUAUUUAGCCCAAAUGAGGAAAUCACUAAAAUUUAUGAGAAGACAACCAAUGCAGGCAAUGAGCCAGACUUGGAGGAUGAACAGGUUUGCUGUGAAGCAUUGGAAGUGAUGACAUUAUGUUUUGCCUUGAUUCCGACAGCCUUAGAUGCUCUUAGUAAAGAAAAGGCUUGGCAGACAUUCAUUAUUGACUUACUGUUGCACUGUCACAGCAAAACUGUUCGCCAGGUGGCUCAGGAGCAGUUCUUUUUAAUGUGCACCAGAUGUUGCAUGGGACACAGGCCUCUACUUUUCUUCAUUACUCUGCUCUUUACCGUUUUGGGGAGCACAGCCAGAGAGAGAGCUAAACAUUCAGGCGACUACUUCACCCUUUUAAGGCAUCUUCUUAAUUAUGCUUACAAUAGUAAUAUUAAUAUACCCAAUGCUGAAGUUCUUCUCAAUAAUGAAAUUGAUUGGCUUAAAAGAAUUAGGGAUGAUGUUAAACGAACAGGUGAAACCGGUGUUGAAGAGACGAUCUUGGAAGGCCACCUUGGGGUAACAAAAGAAUUACUGGCCUUUCAAACCCCUGAGAAAAAGUAUCACAUUGGUUGUGAAAAAGGAGGUGCUAAUCUCAUUAAAGAAUUAAUUGAUGAUUUCAUCUUCCCUGCAUCCAAUGUUUACCUGCAAUAUAUGAGAAAUGGAGAGUUGCCCGCUGAACAAGCAAUUCCAGUCUGUAGCUCCCCAGCUACCAUUAAUGCUGGUUUUGAGUUACUUGUAGCAUUAGCGGUUGGCUGCGUGAGGAAUCUUAAACAGAUAGUAGAUUCCUUGACUGAAAUGUAUUACAUUGGCACAGCAAUAACUACUUGUGAAGCGCUUACAGAGUGGGAAUAUCUGCCACCUGUUGGACCCCGUCCACCUAAAGGAUUUGUGGGGCUGAAAAAUGCCGGUGCUACUUGUUACAUGAAUUCUGUGAUUCAGCAACUCUACAUGAUUCCCUCCAUCAGGAACGGUAUUCUUGCAAUUGAAGGCACAGGUAGUGAUGUAGAUGAUGAUAUGUCUGGGGAUGAGAAGCAGGACAAUGAGAGCAAUGUUGAUCCCCGAGAUGAUGUGUUUGGAUACCCUCAACAAUUUGAAGACAAGCCAGCAUUAAGUAAAACAGAAGACAGGAAAGAAUAUAACAUUGGUGUUCUAAGGCACCUUCAGGUCAUCUUUGGUCAUUUAGCUGCUUCUCGACUACAGUACUAUGUGCCCAGAGGAUUUUGGAAACAGUUCAGGCUUUGGGGUGAACCUGUUAAUCUGCGCGAACAGCAUGACGCUUUAGAAUUUUUUAAUUCAUUGGUGGAUAGUUUAGAUGAAGCUUUGAAAGCCUUAGGACAUCCAGCUAUGCUAAGUAAAGUCUUAGGAGGUUCUUUUGCUGACCAGAAGAUUUGCCAGGGCUGCCCACAUAGAUACGAGUGUGAAGAAUCUUUUACGACUUUGAAUGUAGACAUCAGAAAUCACCAAAAUCUUCUUGAUUCUUUGGAACAAUAUGUCAAAGGAGAUUUAUUAGAAGGUGCAAAUGCAUAUCAUUGUGAAAAAUGCAAUAAAAAGGUUGAUACCGUAAAGCGCUUGCUAAUUAAAAAAUUACCUCCUGUUCUUGCCAUCCAACUGAAACGAUUCGACUAUGACUGGGAAAGAGAAUGUGCAAUCAAGUUCAAUGAUUACUUUGAAUUUCCUCGCGAGCUGGACAUGGAGCCUUACACAGUUGCAGGUGUCGCAAAGCUGGAAGGAGAUAACGUGAACCCAGAGAGUCAGCUGAUACAACAGAAUGAGCAGUCUGAGAGUGAGACGGCAGGAAGCACGAAAUACAGACUCGUGGGUGUGCUGGUGCACAGUGGUCAAGCAAGUGGGGGACAUUAUUAUUCGUAUAUCAUUCAAAGGAAUGGUGGAGAUGGCGAGAGAAAUCGCUGGUAUAAAUUUGAUGACGGUGAUGUAACAGAGUGUAAAAUGGACGACGACGAAGAAAUGAAAAACCAGUGUUUUGGUGGAGAGUACAUGGGAGAAGUGUUUGACCACAUGAUGAAGCGCAUGUCAUACAGGCGCCAGAAAAGGUGGUGGAAUGCUUACAUACUUUUUUACGAACGACUGGAUACCAUAGACCAGGGUGAUGAGUUGAUAAGAUACAUAUCCGAGCUUGCUAUCACCACAAGACCCCAUCAAAUUAUUAUGCCAUCAGCCAUUGAGAGAAGUGUGCGGAAGCAGAACGUGCAAUUCAUGCAUAACCGAAUGCAGUACAGUUUGGAAUAUUUUCAGUUCAUGAAAAAACUCCUUACAUGUAAUGGUGUUUACUUAAAUCCUCCACCAGGGCAAGAUCACCUGUUGCCUGAAGCAGAAGAAAUCACUAUGAUUAGUAUUCAGCUUGCUGCUAGGUUCCUUUUUACCACAGGAUUUCACACCAAGAAAAUAGUCCGUGGCUCUGCCAGUGAUUGGUAUGAUGCAUUGUGUAUUCUCCUUCGUCACAGCAAGAAUGUACGAUUUUGGUUUGCUCACAAUGUCCUUUUUAAUGUUUCAAAUCGCUUUUCUGAAUAUCUUCUGGAGUGCCCUAGUGCAGAAGUGAGGGGUGCAUUUGCAAAACUUAUAGUUUUUAUUGCACAUUUUUCCUUGCAAGAUGGGCCGUGUCCUUCACCUUUCGCAUCUCCUGGACCUUCUAGUCAGGCUUAUGACAACUUAAGCCUGAGCGAUCACCUACUAAGGGCAGUUCUAAAUCUCUUGAGAAGGGAAGUUUCAGAGCAUGGGCGUCAUUUGCAGCAGUAUUUCAAUCUGUUUGUAAUGUAUGCCAAUUUAGGUGUGGCAGAGAAGACACAACUUCUGAAAUUGAAUGUACCUGCUACCUUUAUGCUCGUAUCUUUAGAUGAAGGUCCAGGUCCUCCAAUCAAGUACCAGUAUGCUGAAUUAGGCAAACUGUACUCGGUAGUGUCACAGCUGAUCCGCUGUUGCAAUGUCUCUUCAAGAAUGCAGUCUUCAAUCAAUGGUAAUCCUCCUCUUCCCAAUCCUUUUGGUGAUCCUAAUUUAUCACAACCUAUAAUGCCAAUUCAGCAGAAUGUGGCAGAUAUUUUGUUUGUGAGAACAAGUUAUGUGAAGAAAAUCAUCGAGGACUGCAGUAACUCGGAGGAAACUGUCAAAUUGCUUCGUUUUUGCUGCUGGGAGAAUCCUCAGUUCUCAUCUACUGUCCUCAGUGAACUUCUCUGGCAGGUUGCAUAUUCCUACACUUACGAACUCCGGCCCUAUUUGGAUCUGCUUUUGCAAAUCUUACUGAUUGAGGACUCCUGGCAGACUCACAGAAUUCAUAAUGCACUUAAAGGAAUCCCAGAUGACCGAGAUGGGCUGUUUGACACAAUCCAGCGCUCGAAGAAUCACUAUCAAAAAAGAGCAUACCAGUGUAUAAAAUGUAUGGUAGCUCUUUUUAGCAAUUGUCCUGUUGCUUACCAGAUUCUGCAGGGCAACGGAGAUCUUAAGAGAAAGUGGACCUGGGCAGUGGAAUGGCUCGGGGAUGAACUUGAAAGACGACCAUAUACUGGCAAUCCUCAAUACACUUACAACAACUGGUCUCCUCCAGUGCAAAGCAAUGAAACAUCAAAUGGUUAUUUCUUGGAGAGAUCACAUAGUGCCAGGAUGACACUUGCAAAAGCUUGUGAACUCUGUCCAGAGGAGGAGCCGGACGACCAAGAUGCCCCUGAUGAGCAUGAGUCGCCUCCACCUGAAGAUGCCCCGUUGUACCCCCACUCACCUGGAUCUCAGUAUCAACAGAAUAACCAUGUGCACGGACAGCCAUAUACAGGCCCAGCAGCACAUCACAUGAACAACCCUCAGAGAACUGGCCAGCGAGCACAAGAAAAUUACGAAGGCAGUGAAGAAGUGUCCCCACCUCAGACGAAGGAUCAGUGAAAUGCACAUACUUAACUGGUUCCAUCAAGACUGUGCACCCAGGCCUUACAGUCCAACCUUUUUCUGUGUCUGGCUAAUAUUUAAAACUAGAAAAACUAUUCCUAAUCAACUUGGAGUGGAGAGUUUAUUCACUGUCUUAUCUGCAGAAAUUUGCUGUCCAUAUAUAACCCGCCUGCAGUGGAAAGUGUAUAGUGUUUUGUAAUAAAUGGCCUGAUGCUAAUGUGUAAAUGGCAAAGGUGUAUAUAGUAUAUUAAUGUUUGACUGUUAAUUCUUAAGCAAGAAACUUUUCUUGAGGAGACUCACAGAUCUACAAAAACUACAAAAGGUAAUUUUCUUGUUCUACCCAUUGCACUCUGCAACCAGUGUUGCCUGCCUCAUGGCAGUUGGAUCUAUUCCUUUACAAAAAAAAACAAAAAAUACACCACCAACAACAAACCAGAGCCCGUCCAUGUCAACCACACCAAUCGUUUCAUGUUCAUUCUUUGCCACUGGAGGCAGUUUUACUAUGAGCAAUGUAAGGCUGGUAACCUUUAAAUUAUUUGGUUGAUGUGGAAAAUUGGUGAUGUAACAUUGUGUCUAGAUCUUUUUCAUUGCCUUUUUAUUCUGACAUUAGGUUAAUCACUUUGAAGCUAUAGUUAAGCUGUAACAUUUAGCAUGGCUUCACACCAGGUUAGUGUAGCCAAUGAGGAAAAAAUUACCAUAAUGACCGCGGUUGUCCCAGUGUGACAGCUGUAUCGCUCAGAGCUUUGCCUUCUCACACCUAGACUAUAAAUAUAAAACAAGGGGAGACGUGAUUAAACAGGCGGUUUUCAGUUACACAUAGGUUGCUUAUGUCUAAUGUUGGACAGUUCAAUCUCUGGGUGGGAUAAAGAAAUCUAUGAGUAAUGGGAAUUUUUAAAGAUUUAAAACAAAUAUGCAAAAAUUUGCUAUGCCAGGAUGCUUGGAGCAUAAUAGAAGACUGUAUUUGGUGUGCUUGUUUCGUUUCUUUGGUAGAGCUUAUUAGGUGAAUCUUCUAAAACUUUCCUUCUGCUGGACCCCAGUGAAGUGGAAGUCACCAGAAUCCCACAGUACUUGGAGCACCACUUGCCCCAAGACGUCUGGCUGAGUUUUCUGCUCAGUCACAGUUUUACUUGAAAGCAAGACUUGUCCUAGCUCCUUGUCCAUGAUUCCAAAACUUUCCAUGUUCGAAGCAGGGUCUAAUUAAAAAGGAAACUACUGGUUAGUUAAUUGAGGUAUCAUAAUUGCAGCAUAAACAUUUAAUUAAAGAUAAGAAACUCAUCAGUUAAUACUGUAUUUAAAAGCGAAUUGGUAACUUGAAUGUGUGUACUUUUUGGAACCUGUCUAAAAACCAAAUACCCCUUCAGAUACAGUCCACCCUCUUCUAUUUAAAUAUUUUGCUGUUUUAUUUUAUAGAAAUUAUUUUGCUGAAUUCACAAAUAGAAUUUGAUUUACGAAGAACUUUUUGUCCUGUGGUGUGUUUUUGUUUUUGGGUUUUUGGUUUUUUUUGUUUAAUUUUUUUCUUUUUUUUUUUUUGUCCAUUUUUGUUUCGUUUUUUUUGAAGGACUGCAUAUUAAAAUUCUGUGCAUAGCAUGCUUAGGCAUGACACUGAAUUCAGGAGUUCAGUCACGUUAAGUUUUUGUGCACAGAAAGAUUCAACCUUUGGCCCUUUACUAAAGAUUUAGAGAAAACAGGAUGUUGACGCUGUAAAAGUUUCCUAAUCAAUCUUGUACUUUUUGUAUGUUUUUUAUAUACAUGUAUAUUUAAUGAGCACAAGCUUGGUUGUAUUUUUUACAAUUCAGUUAAUAGGAAAAUGUUUUGUCAAAAAGGCUAUAGUUGGAACUGAACAAAGCAGAAACAAAAAUGAGAAUUGCUUUAUUUUGUGAUUAAAAGGGGCAGGUAUUUAA